CAGAUAAGAUUGGUCCUCGCGCUGGUGUUUCCUGCGCUGCUGCUCCUCACGCGCACCGCCCCUCCUCUUCAGUCUGAGCCGCGCGCAGUGGAGCUCAGUCAGAUGGAGACUCCGGAUUGUUUCGCAUAUCCGCGUCAAAAAGAAGCCGGCGUUUAUUCACAUUUAUUCCACUUCUCGUUUAUCGCAGACGCCCGUCAGGUGGUUUUCAUCGCCUUGAAUGGUGCUCAUCAUGGCUCGUGAGCGGCUAAACGCGGAUAAGAGGCGCGUGGAUUGAACCCACUCUAGUGAGGCCCUGCAGAGGACGGGAGCAUGAUGCUAAAUCUGGUUCGCCUGUUGUCACUGACUAGCCUGCCGAGCAUCUCAAAAGUCAAAGUAGUCAGCUUCCUGAUUGGCUUGACGCUCACAUUCCUCAUCAUGGCUUCCUACAUCUUGGCCUGGGACUGGAAAGGUCUUUUGCUCACCCCCUCGCUUUAUCAGCAAGGACCUGUGGUCGACCUGAACAGCACAGCCGAAUUUUCCUUCGGGAAGAAUUUAUUGGACAUGAAACUGCUGGUGAAGAUCAUCAACUCCAAACUGGAGUACACACCCAGGAAGGUGCCUGGUGAAAAGGAUGUCAUUGGAACAGACUACCAUUUGUUCUCUGCAAUCCCUCGCCACUUCCUGCCUGGCAUCAAGAGCCCUUGCUGGUAUGAGGAGUUCUCUGGUAAACCCAGCAAUGAUCCGUACAGGAGGAACCUUUUCACUCUGCGCUCAGAGUCCUUCAAGAAAAUGUGUGAAAACCUGAGGACCAACUUCAGUCAGCACUUACAGUACAGAGACGGCAAACUGUUUCGUCUACGCUGCUUGCCGUUCUUCUACAUCAUCGGCCAGCCAAAGUGCGGCACGACUGACUUUUUCCACAGGCUGCUGCUGCACCCAGAGAUCAGGUUUACCAUGAUUAAGGAGCCACACUGGUGGACCAGGAGACGCUUUGGUUAUAUUCGUUUCGCAAAUGGCUUCCAGGAAACUUUUCCUCUGGAAGAUUACCUGGAUCUGUUUGACUGGGCAGCCAUCAACAUCCAAAAAGGAAUCAGUGGAAAGUCACCUGGAUACCACCGCACACUCGUAACAGGUGAAGCCAGUGUAUCCACUAUGUGGGACAACCAAGCCUGCAACUACUUUUACAAAGACGGAGAGGAGACAGAGCCGCCGUUCCUGAUCCAGGACUUCAUCCACACGGUCCAGCCUGAAGCCAAAAUCAUCAUCAUGCUUCGAGAUCCGGGAGAGAGACUUUACUCUGACUACCUAUUCUUUAACAUGGCCAACAAGUCUGCAGAGGACUUCCAUCAGAAGGUCGUGAACUCUGUAUUGUUGUUUCAGUCCUGCCUGUUGGAGAGGUCACUUCGCUCCUGCGUCUACGACACCAACCUCUACAACAUUAUGCGGGUGAGGCUAAGUUUGGGGAUUUACAUCGUCUUCUUGUUGGACUGGCUGACAGUUUUCCCUCAGGAACAGAUUCUGGUUCUUCGACUCGAGGACUACUCAGCCAACCUCAAAGUUACAAUGAAGAAAGUUUUUGAUUUCCUGAGUGUAGGUCCUCUGUCGCCGCAGGUGGAGGCAGCACUGACCAAAACACCAAAGUCAAACACCCGGCGGACAGCAGACAAGAAGGUGGGUCCUAUGCUUCCAGCUACCAAAGACCUCCUCAAUAAAUUUCACCAGCCUUUCAACCAAAAACUGGCCAAUUUGUUGAACAACAAAGCCUUCCUCUGGAGAAACACCUGAAGGGGAAUAAGCAUGGACAAAAGUGUGAAUUGAUGUGAGCGAACAACCAGAACCAGAAGCUAAAUAAUGUAUGAUGGGAAAACUCAUACGCAGGUGUAUAGCUGUAUACGGGGUUAUAUGAAGGCCUGAACAAGUGUAUGGGUUUUCUUUUGGAUAUUUAUUUGUUCUUGAAAGAAUGUGAUUGAUUCAUCAAGUCAAGAUCAUAAUAAAAUAAGUUGAAUUUG